ACAUGGAAGUAGUUCUUUUGUAGAUUAUGGUGAACUUCUCGAAGCUUCAGUGUUGAGAAAGCUGAAGCCAUGAUCAGAAAGCAUGUGGAGUUCAGGAGGAAGAUGAACGUAGACUCCAUCAUAUCUGACUGGAAACCUCCAGAGGUGAUCGAGCAGUACGUGUCGGGGGGGAUGUGUGGUUACGACCGAGAGGGGAGCCCCAUCUGGUAUGACAUCAUCGGUCCUCUGGACCCUAAAGGGCUGUUGCUGUCGGCAACCAAACAGGACUUCCUGAAGUCCAAGAUCCGCCACACGGAGAUGAUGCAGAGGGAGUGUCGGAGGCAGUCGGAGAAGUUGGGGAAGAACAUUGAAGCGAUCUCUCUGAUCUACGACUGUGAAGGACUGGGACUGAAACACAUCUGGAAACCGGCUAUAGAGACGUACGGAGAGAUCCUCACCAUGUAUGAAGAGAACUAUCCCGAGGGGCUGAAACAAGUGUUUCUUAUCAAAGCUCCUAAAAUGUUCCCCAUGGCCUACAACCUGAUCAAACACUUUCUGUGUGAGGAGACCAGACGCAAGAUCAACGUUUUAGGAAGUAACUGGCAGGAAGUGUUGCGUCAACACAUCGACCCCGAUCAGCUGCCUGUGGCGUACGGAGGGACCCGGACUGACCCUGAUGGAGACCCCCGCUGCAGAACCAUGAUAAAUUACGGCGGUAUCGUUCCCCGGUCGUACUACGUUCGGGACUCGGAGAAGGUGGAGUACGACGGCAGCGUGACGGUCAGCCGAGGCUCCGUCUUCCAGCUGGAGUACGAUGUUCCAGCCGCCAGCAGCCUGCUGAGGUGGCAGUUUGCCAGCAACGGAGCAGAUAUCGGGUUUGGAGUGUACAGACGGACCAAAGAACGGGGAGGACAGGAAGUGGCGGAGAUGCUGCCGGUUCUGCCCAGCGAACGCUACAACGCACACCUGGUCCCCGAAGACAGCUGCCUCACCUGCACCGAGCCCGGAGUCUACGUGCUGCGUUUUGACAACAGCUACAGCGUCCUGCAGUCCAAGAGGGUGAGCUACAAAGUGGAGGUUCUGCCUCCUCCGGACGGACAGACGCAGAGUCCACGCGGCCGAGGAGACUGAUCCAGGACACAGAUCCCUCUCUCUCAGUGACGGACCAAUCAUCGACGGCUAAAUCAACGUUUUCACAUCGAGCAGGGUUGUUGUCGUUAGAUGAUCCAUGUGAUGUGUAAAGAUUUUUCAAUUUGUGACAAUUCAGGACAUCAAAGAAGAUCUUAAGUAUUAUUUUUCUAGAAAAACUUGCUUCACCAACAUUUCAAACCAGAUAACUUUAACUGUUAACAGUUAAGGAUUAUUGGGGCGCCUGGGUAGCUCACCUGGUUGAGCUACCCAGGCGCCCCAUGUACGGAGGCUCAGUUUGUGCCGCAGCGGCUGCGGGUUCGAUGCCGACUUGCGGCCCUUUGCUGCAUAUCAUUCCCCCUUUCAUGUCUUCAGCUGUCCUAUAAAAUAAAGGCCUA